AUGGCUAAAACUAGAUCUCAAGUUACACCUACUAAAAAGGCUGCUACGCCUACCAAGUCACCUAAGAAGUCCGCUGCUGCUGCUGCCGCUGUUUCUGCUGCUUCCGCAUCUCCUUCAGUGAAGAAGACUAAGAAGGCCCCAGCUAAGAAAGCAGUACCAGCUAAGAAGGAACAAGCCAAAACUCCGGCUAAGGAAACUAAAAAGGCCACAGCAAAGACUACAACUAAAGCCACGAAGAUUACUAAAGCUUCCGACUCUAUAGUGUCACCUAAGGUUGCCUCCAAGGCCAUCUCAGAACUUACCAAGUACAUCAAAAACGAAUCUACCUCUAGCACCACCAAUAAAGAUAAAACUUCAUUAUUCGACGAUGCAGAUGAAAAUGAUAAUAGUGUUUACCUUCAAGUCACCACCAAGAAGUUCUUCAGUGCCAACGUUAACUUGAAGCCAAAGCAAAUCAAGCUCUCUCAUUCUAUCAAGGAAAAGGAAUCUUUAAGAACAUGUUUGAUUAUUCGUGAUCUGUUAAUCACAACCGACGAACAGUUAGAAAAGAUUGAAGCUGAAAACUUCGAAACAUUAAAGCAAAUUGUUCCAAUGAAGGAUUUAAAGAAAGAAUACAAACCAUAUGAAAAGCGUAGACAAUUCUACUCGGACUUUGACUUAUUCUUAGUCGAUGAUGCCUGUUUAAAUAUGUUACCCCAAGCCCUUGGUAAGACCUUCUACGGUAACGGUACUAACUCCACUAAGGCUCCUUUACCAGUAAAGGUGACCUCCAGUUCCAAACCAAAGGAAUUUUCCAUUGAUACAUUCAAGAACCAAUUAAACAAGGUCUUAACAAGUACUUCCUUCUUACCACCUGUUGGUGUUAAUGUUUCUAUUAAGUUCGGGACUCUCGAUGGAGACUUAAAGGAAACUGAGCUUGUUGAUAACUUAUUGGAUGUCUUGAAGGGUUUCAAUAAGGAAGACUUGAGGAGUGUUAUGGUUAAGACCAGCACCUCUCCAGCUUUACCUUUAUACUAUGCCGAAACCUUGUUCACUGAAACCGAUGUAUUAGAGGAAGAGCAAGCUGACAAGAAAACCAAGAAGACCAAGAGCGGGGAAGUCAAACUUUCUGCUUUCGAAAAGGGAUUGUUGGAAUUGGGUGAUGCUGAUGAAGUUGCUAAGAUCAUUGGUAAGAAGAUGAGUCAAACAAAUUCAAAGAAGCCAGUUGGAAAAAUUGGAAAAGUACAGAAGGUAUAA